CGGCUCCGGUUCCAGCCCAGGCCUCACGGACGCGGAGAUGGAAAUCCCGAGGCUGCUCACGGCUCGCGGGACACGACGGGGCGGAGGCGCUGGCAGCCCCGCGGGCGGCGGCCGGGUCCACGGAGGCCCCGACCCGCGGGCUGGCCGGGUCCCCGCGCGCCGCCUCCUGCUGCUCCGGGGCCCCCAAGAUGGCGGGCCGGGACCGCGGUGCGAGGAGGCCCGCGCGGCCUCACGGGGCCCGGGCCCGAGCCUGUUGCUUCCGAGGCCUAAUCAAGCUGACGGCGGCGGCGGCGGCGGCGGCGGCGGCGGCGGCGGCGGCGGCGGCGGCGACGACUUCUUCCUGGUGCUGCUGGACCCGGUGGGUGGCGACGUGGAGACAGCGGGCUCUGGCCAGGCCUUAGGGCCCGUAUGGAGGGAGGAGGCUGAGUCAAGCCCAGGGCUCCAGGGGGGUGAGAGCGGCUCAAACCCCGCGGGCCUGCCUGCUGGGCCCCGUUGCUUGUCAGUGGCCCCAGUCCGGGCCCCGAUCCCCUCCCCAGGUCUGGGCCCAGCUGCGGCCUUCGCGGGCACCGUCACCAUCCACAACCAGGACCUGCUGCUGCGCUUGGAGAACGGCUUCCUCACCCUAGCCACGCCCCCGCCGCCAGCCUGGGAGCCCGGAGUGGCGCCUGCCCUGCAGCCUGGGGGUCUAAUCGCUCCGCAAGCAGGGGCCCCGCACGCUGCGCAGCCGGGCGACUGUCCGGACCUGCCUCCCGACCUCCUGUUAGCGGAGCCGGCCGAACCCGCACCCGCCCCGGCGGCGCCUGAAGAGGAGGCGGAGGGCCGGGCCGCCGCUGAGAGUACCCAAGGGCCGCUGGGCCCGGGCCCGGGCCCGGGCGCGGGCGUGGUGCUGUACCUGUGUCCUGAGGCGCAGUGUGGACAAACCUUCGCCAAGAAGCACCAGCUGAAGGUGCACUUGCUGACUCACAGCAGCAGCCAGGGCCAGCGGCCCUUCAAGUGUCCCCUGAGUGGCUGCGGCUGGACCUUCACCACCUCUUACAAGCUUAAGAGACACCUGCAGUCGCACGACAAACUGCGGCCCUUCGGCUGCCCUGCCGACGGCUGUGGCAAGAGCUUCACCACGGUGUACAACCUCAAGGCGCACAUGAAGGGCCAUGAGCAGGAGAACUCAUUUAAGUGCGAGGUGUGCGAGGAGAGUUUCCCCACCCAGGCCAAGCUCAGCGCCCACCAGCGCAGCCACUUUGAGCCUGAGAGGCCCUACCAGUGUGCGUUUUCCGGCUGCAAGAAGACAUUUAUCACGGUGAGUGCUCUGUUUUCCCAUAAUCGCGCCCACUUUAGGGAACAGGAACUCUUUUCCUGCUCCUUUCCUGGCUGCAGCAAACAGUACGACAAAGCUUGUCGACUGAAAAUUCACCUGAGGAGCCACACGGGCGAGAGACCUUUCCUUUGUGACUUUGAUGGCUGUGGCUGGAACUUCACCAGCAUGUCUAAGCUCUUACGGCAUAAAAGGAAACACGACGAUGACCGGAGAUUCAUGUGUCCUGUGGAAGGCUGUGGGAAAUCUUUCACAAGGGCCGAACAUCUGAAAGGCCACAGCAUAACCCACCUGGGCACAAAGCCUUUUGUGUGCCCAGUGGAAGGCUGCUGUGCCAGGUUCUCUGCUCGAAGCAGCCUCUACAUUCACUCCAAGAAACACUUGCAGACUGUGGACACUUGGAAAAGCCGUUGCCCAGUCUCCACUUGUAAUAAACUAUUCACAUCCAAGCACAGCAUGAAGACACACAUGGCCAAAAGGCACAACCUGGGCCAGGAACUCUUAGCUCAGCUGGAAGCUGCAAAUUCUCUUACGCCCAGCAGUGAACUUACCAGCCAGGGACAGAGGGAUCUCAGUGAUGCAGAGCUAGUGUCUCUCUUCUCUGAUGUGCCUAGCAGUAGCUCUGCUGCAGUGCUGGACACCGCAUUGGUGAACGCUGGGAUCUUGACUAUUGAUGUGGCUUCUAUGAGCUCAACUCUGGCAGGGAACCUCCCUGCUAAUAAUAAUAAUAAUAAUAAUAAUAAUACUGCCUUAGGGCAGGCUGUGGACCCUCGGUCCUUGAUGGCCACCAGUGACCUUCCUCAGAGUCUGGAUACCUCCCUCUUUUUCGGAACGACUGCCGCGGGUUUUCAGCAGAGCCCCUCAGAUGUGGAUGAUGUCUCCAGUCUAAGUGCAGGGCCAUUGGGAUCUCUGGGCUCUUUGGCUGUGAAAAACUCCAGUCAAGAGCCCCAAGCUUUGACCCCCAGCAGUAAGCUAACAGGGGACACAGAUGCUCUGACUCCUUCAAGCACUCUUUGUGAAAACAGUGUCUCAGAACUACUGACACCAACCAAAGUGGACUGGAACGUAGUGCAUCCUGACUCUGACUUCUUUGGACAGGAGCAAGAAACCCAGUUUGGAUUCUCCAAUCCCCCAGGGAACCAUGGUUCUCAGAAAGAAACAGAUCUUAUCACAGUGACUAGCAGCUCAUUUUUGGUAUGAACUAACUAUUCAUUCCUCACCACUUUUAUUAAUUACACUCAAUUUUAAGGAUAUUCUGGACUGAAUGUUUAAAAUGCAGUCAUUUUUUCAUAGGUUUGACAAAGAACAGAGCCCUGGGCUACAAGUUUGGAGAUUUAAAUUCUGAUCUUGAGUCUGGAACUGUCAAGUUGGGUGACCCUGAGCAAGUCACUUAACCUAUCUGAGCCUUAAUUUCCUUAUUUAUAAAAUAAGGUGUUUCUAAUGUCUUUUUCAGCUCUGUACUUUCAUGAUUUUGUGCUCUUUCUGGAAAAAACUUAGGACAUUUUACAGUGAUUAACUAUUGCAUGUGCUUCUAAUGUAAUGAAAACUGCAUUGAGAGUUAAUGAUCAGAGAACAUGAAACUGUUGUUUAACUUUAAAAACUUAAUGAAAAUUUUACAAAAUGCCAAAAGAUUUCUAAAAUCUAGUCAUGAAGCUUGAAAAAAUAAGAAAGCUAAGACUAUGGGUCGGUUCUUUUUAUCUGUUUAUCGUUCUAUCCUCUGUUUUGAUGGAAGGCUGUGUUGUUGUAGAAAGUGCCAAGGCUUUGAGAUGACACAGAACCAGAGUGAAAUACUGAUUUUUGAUGUCAAAUAAGUGGCCUUACAUAAGUUAUUUAGUCUCUCUAAGCCUGAGUUCCUUAGCUGUAAAACAGUCAUUGUAAUGUAAACAUGCCUGGUGCAUCUUAGACAUCUUUUUUUUUUUUUUUUUUUUAAUCCCAAUAGUUAGUGUUGGACAGAAAAUAUUACUGUUUUGGAAUAUUUUAGUGAGCCUUUUCCUGCUUCUCUCAUUCCUUCCUCAAAGAGGGGAAAUUAGCAUAAUUUAAUAUCACGUUUGUGCAGGCAGAAAAGGUUUAUGAGGGUUAAGAAGCAAGGAAGAGAAUCUCUUUCUUCCACAGACUGAGAAGGAUUUUCCUCUACACAAUUCUUGUGUGAUAUUGCCCACAUGUAUAUCUAAUGGUAGACCAAAUUAUAGUGUUUUUGCUCUGCAUUCAAAGCCAGCCCAUGGAGUGACUAUAGAGCCUGGGGUUCCAAGAAAAUCGGGAAAUCAGUGGGCUAGAGUGAGAUUUUUCUCACCCAGAGAGCUCACCUGCCUCCCUUCUCCCAGAGUUGGGAUGGGAGGUUUUGCUUGCAGUCUGAGUGAAUAUUUUCUGUCUUACACGAAUAUAGCAUUUUACAGUUUAUGUGGCACUUUCACAACUGUUAAAUUUGCUCCUCACAAUUGUGUCAGAGUUGUGGCAAAAUUUUAACUGUAACACAUCAAAACUCAUAUUAAAAUCUACUUAGCUCACUUUACAGAUGCAUUUUGCUAAGUAACACCCCCCCACACACCCACACACAUACACAUCUGAAAACAAAAAGGAAGUGUUUUCACCUCUCCCAUUCUGUUCUUCUGAGUUUCAUAAUCACAUUUGUUUAUGACCAGUAGUUCUGUUCCAUUUUAAUUGGUGUCGGUUACCUUCUUCCAGCUCUGCUCCCUCUACAACCUACCCUCUAGCAUGCCAGUCCUUACCAUGAUCUCUCUCUCUUUUUUUAAAGAUUUAUUUUAUUUAUACAAGAGUCGGGGUACAGGCUAGAUGCACGGGAGGGUGAGAGGAUUCAUCAGAUACAGAGCGGGGAGCAGAACAGGCAGACUGACUGAAAUACACUGCUGAGGGGAGCAGCGGGCGAGACAGGAGAGGUCUGCCGCGCCAUGUGGGGAUCAUCCUGGCCAGCCGGGAAUCGAGCCCACACUGCAGAGACUGUGGACAGCUUCGCAGCACUGCGCUCAACCCGCUGCGCCACCGGGGAAGCCCACCAAUGAUCUCUUUUUGAAACAUUUUAAUUAGGCGGGACAUUUUGGUCAUCACCACCUCUUCAACAUUUUCCUCUUGCCCAUGUGUUGAGUCACAAUAGUCUGAGUGGCACUAAGAAAUUAUUUUUUGAAUUUAGAUUUCAAUGCGUUUAUAUAUGAAUCAAGUGGCAAUGGGGACCUUUAUGUAAGGUUUUAGUGAGACAUGUGCUUCUUUGACUUUUCUAAAUUUUCUUCACCAUGCAUUUAUGCUAACAAACUCUAUUAGAUGCUCUGAAACCUUCUAGCCGCAGUACUGUCUGCAUGUAGAUGCUGGUGGAUAACAGUUAUCACGGCACUUUGGCGGUGUACAGUACAGAAAUGCAUCUGUAGGGUCUCCCCGGUGGCGCAGCGGUUGAGCGCUGGGUUGGGAAGCUGCCCGCAGCCUCUGCAGCGAGGGUCCCACAAAAAAAAAAAAAAAAGGCAUCUGUACUGUCUUUCUAAUUUUCAAAUUGGUGGUACUCAUUCAGUGAAAAAGUAUACCUGAAUUUGUAAAUAGAAGAAAUCCUUGAUUGUUUCUAACCAUUUCAACAGUUCUCCCUCAGAACUCUGGUAAGAUUUUUAGCCCAUUUUACAAACGUUUUCUAUUAGUUAAGUCCUUUUCUUAAAUAGAUUGUUUUUCCUUUCCUAAAGGUAGGAAUGCCGAGGCUUGAGGUGAAUGUGUAGGUCAUGGGCAUCUAUUAAGAUAUAUAACUCCAAAGAUAUUUUAAAAUCCUGUCACUGUUUCUUUAAGCCCUCAGUUCUAUUGCCUCCCAUUAAAAACGGUCAUAAACUAUGCCUUUGUUGUGUUAUGGAGAAUUGUCAAAGGUCAAAUUUCAUUUUUGUUGAAGAUAAAAAUUUUGUAAUUGUGGUUUCAUGCAGUUUCUUUAGGUCAAUUUAUUCAAAAGGUUGAUCUGUCAUUACCAUUUUUCCAGCACAGUGGUGUAAAUUAGUCAGUCAGAAGUGUGACUACAAGCAUAAUGGUUACAUUUCUGUUGGUGUUUGUUACCUCAUUUGCCUUUUGUGCCUCCUCAGUCCUUGGUUUAUUUAAAUUUUGCUAGUCAAAAAUGCAGUAACAGAAUGCUUUGCAGGAAGUUUUACAUCCAGGGUACUUUGUUGAACGUGUUUGUCAUGAGUCAAAAAUAUGUUUAACUUGUUGUUUUUGCCAUUAUCUCCUAAUAUUACAUAAUUGAAAGCUUUGAGUAGUAGAAGGGAAACUUGAUAGAAUAUGAGAAUCAAAUUUCCCUGUGGAUUAAAUGCUUCAUCUUCCUAUCCAGGAAAAAUAAAGUGUUUUCUUAUGACAGGGUAUUUUUGACACUUUGUCGAUUCCAACUUCUUGAAGCAUUAACUCCUGUUUGGGAAUACUUACACUCCCUUUAUAAUUAGUAACUAGCAAUGAAGUGCUUUGAAUAAAUUGUUUCUAAGGUCUUUUCAACACUGUGAUUCCUUUAUUAUAUGCUUCUUUCCUUGAAAAAAAAUUGGGAUAUCUUGGAGUGAUGGUGUUGCAUGUGCAUUUUUCUCCAAACAUGCAUAAAAUACACAUAUAAUAAUAUCCAUGUACUUGACUCCCAAGUUCAUCUAUUAUCAAUUCAUGAACAAUAUUGUUUAGCUAAUAUACACUUUCUCCUUUUUCUAGUAUUUGUUUGAAAUAAAUGCCAGACAUCACAUUAUUUCAUUCAUAAAUAAUCAAUAUGUAGUAGUAUAAUAUAUGGGCUAUUUUUAUAAAAAGAUAAAAUUCCAUUAUAUUUAAAGUUAAUAAUAAUUCCUUACUACCAGUAAAUGUCUUGUGAAGAUUCAAAGUUCCAGUUGUCUCUAAAUGCUACUUCUUUUAAUAUUUUAGAUCCAAAUAAGUCUCUUAUUACAUGUCUUUUUAAUCUGUUUCCCCUUCUUUCCUUGAAAAUUUUAUUCAUUUGAAGAAAUGAGGUUGCUUCACAUGUAGUGUUUGCCACAGUCUAUGAAUUUUUUUACACAGGUUACUACAUUUACUUAAGAAUGUUCCUUCUUCCUUUAUUCCCUUGAUUUGGUGGUUGUAUUUAGAGACUUGAUAAUAUUGGAAAUAUGAUAUUUUGAGCAGGAAUCUUUCAUAAGUUUUGUUGCCUUUUGUUAGCUGGCACAUACAUGUCUGGUUUUCUCUUGUGAUAUUUGCAGCUGUUGCUGAUCAAUGCAUUAAUUCAUAGUUAGCUGUGUUUCAAUAUCAGGAAUUGUUCAUGAGAGAAUUGCUAUGAAAUGAAGAAUUCUGUUUAAGUCACUUAUAAAAGUUUAAUAGAACUAACAUUUAAUGCUAAAAUAUUUUCUCAAAUUAUGAUAGAACCCACAAGAAAAAAAAAAGCAAAAGAAAAUGUGUUGACUUGACUGUUCUCACCAUUUAUUUUCCUUAACUGCUUUUGACAAAAAUUGCCAGCCAAGACUUUACAUGAAAAAGAUGCACAGAUUUGUAUUCAAUAAGUGAUGUCGCAUUAGUCUCAUUAGGCCUCAGUUUCCUAGUUGUCAGAUGGCCGGCAAUGCACACAUAUGCCUAACAUACCUUAGACAUUUCUACUUAUUAAUUUGUAAAGAAAAAUAUUGUGUGCUUUGGCACAUUUUUAUUUAUUUGUAUAAUCCUUUUACCUUCUCAGCCCUUACUACUAUAAGGCAGAAAUUUGUACAAUUUAAUCCUAUUAAUGUGCAAAUAGUAAGAUGUGUGAGGGUUAGGGUGAGGCAGGAAUUUUUGUGGGAAAAUGCCAUGAGUGGAGAAAUUGUUCUUAUGUAAAUCUGAAUCCCUUUCCAUUAGAUCAAUUUGUUUCCAUCUUUGCUCAGCUUCCAGAGUCAGAGGUUACCUUGACUAUGGCAUCUGGUUGCAUGAAAACAGGAAAAUGAAACAGCGAUUUCUACCUCUUUUGGAAGGAAAGAUUGAACUUGCCCCCACUUUGGGUCAACUCUGUUUGGCUGGGCAUUUGCCAGGUUAAUCUUGGGAAUUUUAUUGGGAAACUAUUAUUCAAAAUCCUUGUUUUCUAGCUCCCUCAGUACCACUCCUACGCUAAUUCUAUUGAAAAGCUAUCACACUAAAAAAAAAAAAAAGUUGAAUUCAAUAUCGCAUAAACUAUUUGUCUUACAUGCAUGUAGCAUUUUGUGAAACAUCUUCAUAACUAGUAUCUUAUUAGUUAUUCAAAAUAACCUUUUGUGGCAGUUUUUCAAAACUCUGAGCUAUGACUGGUGUGACAAUAUAGCCAACGCACAUUCCAAGUGGGCUUUGGCUAGUAACUGACUAUAUGUAUUUUAUAGCAAAGAUGAGAAAUUCUUUUCUCCUCUCCCUUUUCACCAUCCAAAUUCCAUGAUUCAUUUGUGUCAUAACCAAUUUUAGUUUUCCAUUUUAAUAGGUUUCUGUUCCUUUCUCCCUACUCUACUCCCUUGAAUGUGCAUUUUGGUCCUUGCCAUGCAUUUCCUUUUUUUUAUUUUUAAUGGAUUUGUGGCUUCCUGAUGCUCUAUGUGAGACCUUUUCAUGACCCAUUUAUUUCCAAAAACAUUUACAGAGUCUACACUGCAGUUCUUGUGUACAUUAAGAAGUUAUUUUCUAAGAUUAAAUAGUACUAUGUGUAUACAUUACUCAGAUGAUAAAAUAUUUUAUAUACUGUUCAUAUGAAAAGUGGAUUUCUGUUCCAGUAUUUGCUUUUUACAAAAGUUUUUGCACAGGAGUUCUGCUAAUAAUCUCAUUUUAUCUAGUAUAGUAGUCCAGCAGUGUUUGCAUGUGAAUGUCUUGAAUGACAGUUAUAGUACUUUGGCAGUGCACUAAAAAUUUGCCACUUUGUUUCUGUACUGUGUGGGGGAUAUACACAGGCACAUACAUAUUUUUAAAGUGGUUGUAUUCAUUUUGUGGAAAACAAAAAGGUAUAAUUUUGUAAAUCAGAGAAAUGUUCAGAAUUUCAUUGUGUCUUUUCAUAUAGCAGUUUUCUCUUUGUUUUAGAAAUGUUUAUAUUCAUAAAGUGUAUUUCAGAAAUACUGUCAUUCGUUAUGGCCACUGUUUUUCAUGUCUGGCAGAUACAUGUCGAGGAUUGAAAUGAACACACAAUUAGUGAACAUCAAAUAAAUUAUUUAAACAUGAAGUGAAUUUAAUUGGUGAAUUAAUUUUAAAAUCCCUUAAGCUAAUUUUCUUCUGUAAGCACAAAUCAAAUAUUCAAGGGAUACCCUCUCUCUGGUCUCAAAAAAGUGCAAGCUAAAGAGCAAGACACAGCUGUACUGGACGAUCUUGUGAAGAAGCUGUGUCAGCAACAAUAAAAAGUUGUUUCAGAGCAAAUCAGCAACUUCAAAAACAACAGACAUUGAGGCUUAUGGCAUUGGUAAAGCUUGUAGAACCCAUAAGAUAAGGCUCUAAAUAGAUACUGUAAAUUUUAACA